AAGUAACAGCAUCAUAGCAAGAGACUGACAACAAAAAGAAGAGGAACUAAUCGUAAUUUCGUGUGAAAAAGAAGUAAAAGCCACUGCACAGCUAAAACGCGAAUUAUGUCGACCGGCGAUCAUCGCAGCACAAAUUUAGCUCCGACCUCCCCCGGCGGAACCUUGCACCAGUUCGGCUUAAAAACGCAGACAACGCCCGAGCUGUCCGCGAACAAGAGGCAACUGCAGAAGAAUUAUUGUAUAGUAGCGAUCGUGUUGUCCUUACCAGUCACUUGUUGAUAUGAUUUUUUUUUGCUGUAAAAAAGUGCAUGUUGAUGUUGACAAUGAGUGAAAACCCCAUCAUCGCCCAAUUCCAGCCCACGACCUGCAGCAGCAAGUGACGGAACAGAGGGAAGCCAGGACCCGCAUUGAGACCGCAAGCAAGGGCACGAGAAUACCCUUCGCGUCGGCAGUGUAUCGCCCGACUUUGCAUCCGGCUGAGCGGAACCAGGUGGCUAUAGCAAGAUGAAGAUUUGGUUUUCGUUCGCUUUGCACCUAUUUUCAUCUUCACACAAGUUAUGUUAAUCGCAACCGCAAGUCGCAAUCAAAAACAGAUACACAGUCCUCAGAUUCUCAAGAUCUUCACAUUGAUUUCAGGCUCGCACUCGCGUCGCGGUUCCCCCAAGUGGAAGUUCGCAGCAAAGACCUUCCUCGGGUACAGAAUACGUGAAAAUCGCUCCCCCGACGUCCCCUGAACCCAGCAACGCCCAACUAGGUCCAGAACAUCACUCGGCCGUGAACGAAACGCCGAUGCCGCUGCGGUUCGAGCGGCAGUGGGCGGAGGAUGUUGUGGCAGAGAGUAACGAGAAUGUCAAAGGCGAUCCAGCUCCAUCGUCGCAUUCUUUCAAACACCACCAGCCGGAAUUAGAAUUUCUUGAUGACGAAGCCAUACAGCGAAGUCCCAGAGUGCAACGUACCAUCUCUCGGCCCGAUAACAACUCCCCCCGGCGCGACAUCGUGAAGCACUCUUUUCAUCGUCGGGCCAGCGGUGUCGGCACAACCUUCCAACCACCCGCGAGACUCAGUCCCCCGAGUUUGCAGUCGGGCGCACGAAGACCGGUGGUGGAGAGACAACGGCUGUUGGAGAGUGCAGCGAAUGUUAACAGUAGCGUGACUGCUGGCGUUGCUUCUUCUGUGCCACAGUCUUCAGCUGCACAAAACCGUUCCGCCUCUGCGUUUCCGCUGAUGACCCCGCGCAAACUGGAUCUGCGACCGUUGACACCGGGUCCUGUCGAGCGAGCAAAUUCCGGCGUCAGUCUGUUGUCUUUGUCGUCUCGGAGUUUGUCGCCGAUCCGCGCCAGAGGAGGGGCACAACUAUUCGAACGAAGUGCACAACAAGAUAACAAGCCGUCGAACCUGCGGUUGCCGCGGUCGUUCAGCCGUGGGCCGGCACCCGUGGGCGUCGAGGGGUUCGUUCAACGGGGGUUGUCGCUCGGCAGCAUGGUGGAAAGGACUGAAUCAGCGACAAAGCAACUGCAGUUGCAUUUACAAGGCAUAGCACAUGCACAUCACCAGCAAGAACAACACCAGAGUUCUACUUCACAGCGAGAUUCGCUUUUGGUUUCCAACAAGCCCGGUCGCGGUCGUCCAUCGAGGAAGAGACGGGUUGUCGGCACGACCCCGGCAUACUCUCCCGUCAGUCCGAAGAUGCGGGCGCUCACCCCCAGCGGAAAUCUUCGCAGAAGCGGAGGUGGACACCAAAAUGGGCACAAGCAGAAGCGCAACCGGUCGGCGUCACGGAACUACAGGAAGAGCAAGUGCGUGUACGUGGCGGCGCGGUAUUUAGAUCACUUUUCGAAAAAAGUGGAUUUGUCGACCACCGCGUCGUUGCCGAGCAGUGCGGGGAAAAAGCGGGCUUUUCCAAAUAGUAAAAACACGCCUAAGAAACAGGGGAACAACAUCAAGCAAGAAAAAACUGCGGUGUCGUCACCAUCAGUCUCUGCUUCUCCGGAGAAAGCGAAUGAUUUGCAGUCCUAUUUGCCGACGCCGGCCGAUCAACAGAAUCUUCGUGAGCCCUCUCCGGCUGCGCCGCAAACAAGCCGUGUUGAGCAGAAGGACAACAGUGAGUUGGGGCCUCCGCUCUCCCCCAAUGCGGAGGACGGAAACGCGGAUAACACCUCCUCUCCAAGCAACAGCCCUUCCAUUCUCCUUGGCGAUUGUGUCUCCCCCUCUUUUGCUCAAGACCAAAACAAGCCCUCGACCACUCCUUCGAAAACCGAUGCGGAUCAGCCACAGAAACCACCACAGCCCAAGCUGAGCCCAGAGGAUCUCGGAACGAACCACCGGGGGGAGAUUUGGUUUCCGGACGUAAACUGGCAAGGACCCCGGCGGAAGUCCAGUGUUAAGUUUAACGAAGAGAUCCAAGUGCAACACGCGCCGCCAAUGCUGUUUAAGUGCUUACUUCCCACCAACUCCACCGCGAUCGCAUACAAGCACAAUCCGGUCGGCCAGGUCUUGACGAGUAUCAAAACCCGGGUCGCAACCCCGUCGGCGAAGUUGUCGCUGAGUAAGGAACCGCUCCGCGGGAUCGUCAAGAAGUCUUUCGGUGGAAUAAACAGUGUCGAUGAAAGUGCUGGUGCACCAGCAGCAGCCGGAGGAACAGCUACACUCGCCCAGGAUCAUGCCGGCACUUUGAUGAACCCCACUGCUUCACUACAGAAACGUCCACAGGAGCGUUUAGUUGACUACUACCGUCUUUCCGCGACCAGCAGCGACCGCUCGCCCGCCCGGUACCAGCUGUCCCGCGGUGACAGCUCUUCCCUCGGCGAAGCGUCUGAUGUGAGUCAUAAUUCCACUACUUCUACGAGUCAGCGGUCGUUGGUGCUCUGCGGCUCCUCUCCGCCGUGCGUGGAUGACGAAGAACAUUUGGAAUUGAUGAAGCAAAACAUCAUUCCGGACGACGAGACCAUGUUUGACCUGUUCGGGGAUUUGCGGAGUCAGAACAACAACUCGCCGAAGAAAAGGAAAUUACAGAAAUUGCAGCUGGAAUUGCAGCAAUCCGUGCAGAUGCUGCAGAAACAGAUCAAGGGUUUAGAGCAAGAACUUCAGGUUUUGAAACUGGAGCAGAAGAACAGUGGGGAAAAAGCGGUGCUGUUGGCGGAAAAAGAGCAGAAGGAACUUGUGGCGAUGAAAGAAGAAUUACUGGAGAAACAAGUGGAGGAAAUGCAGAAAAUCUUCCUCGAAGCGAAAAAAGCGCGGGAACUGGAGGAGGAAGACAGCCUUUUGGAAGUGGUGGAGGGCGAGGACAACGGGCUGCAACUCGAGUCGCAGGUUGUACUAGGAAACGAAAAAAGUAGCAGCAGCAGUGGUGUUUCCGCCUCUCAUGCUGUGGCUUACAAUACAGGAGAGGACCAACACGUCGACCUCCGUCAAGCACUUUCUAGCAGCGAGACCGCAGCGAUCUUCGAGGACGUUUUGCAACGCGCAAAGUCGCUUGUCCAGGAAAGAAGUUCCAGUCUUUCUCCCAAUCGCGAUGUGCCGUCUCGCGUGUUGUCCCUGGUCGAUGCUGUGGUCGAAAAUAACCGGUCUCGUAGCAGCAACAGCCGAGGAGCAUUCGCUUCUGCUCCGUCGCAUCAAGGUUUAUCACCGCUGGGUUCCCUGGUCACCAUUUCACCGCUGCAUGAUCUCGACGACUUGCUCUUCUCUACGUCUUCCACGGUUUUGCAAGAAAAGCGUAAGCGAACUGAGGAGAUUGUUUUUCUUGCUGGAAAGCCUGUACCCUUUUCGGGUUUGGAUCGCCUCGAAAAAACGUCGUUGGUGAAAAAGAGUGCGAAGUACGCGUUUGUGAUGAUGUAUGAACUGCAAAUAUGUCUGGGUCUGGAAGGAUGCAACUUGUCAUGCCAAAUCCGAAUCAUGCAAAACUUUGUGUUGCAUGAGUGCCAAAAGCUGUCCACUUUCGACCAAGUUGGAAGGGAGUUUCUCAUGCAGGAUAGGCAUGACAGAGACCUCGCAAAGUCUGUCAUGCUGGGUCCCGCAUUCCAGAAAUCAUGGGUCAUGGAAAAACUGCAUGACAAGUUUACACUCUUCCAGACCCAGACAUAUUUGCAUUUGAUAUGAUGGUUUUUGUUUCUCUGCUCGUGGUGAUGGUCUUCAUUUCGGAGGAACUGGGUCUGCUCCUGUCGGAAAAAACCGCAAUCACGAACCGGAAUAUGUUGCUGUGA